UCAUGCUGUACAAGAAAAACAGAUCCAAAAAGAAAAAAAAAAGUCACUCAACUUUGAUGAGGAAAGGCAAGUAGAUCUCUGAGUAGGAUCUAGCCCAAGCUAGAUUACUAGCUAUAUUACUGCUAUAUUUCCCCUAGAAGCUGUACCCCCCUUCAAUAGGACCUGGGAUCAAAUCUCAUUCUGCCAUCCCUGUAACCUUGGAAAAAUAAUUAAUCUCUAUCUAUAAAAUGGACAGAUUUUACUAGGCAAACUCUCAGCUCUAAAUCUAUGAUUCUAUGAUCUUGGGUUUACCUCAUUGAUUUUCCUUUCCUGUGGCAUUCUAGUGUUGUUAUCAAGUAAUUAACAUAAUUUUUGUUAAGUCAUGGUAUUUGUACAAUGCUUAAUUCAGGCCAAUUCAAUGAUUCAGGCUCAUGAUUCAAAUAAAAAAAAAAAUUAUGAAUCACAAGUUAAAUUAAAAAUUACUUUCCUUGUAGCAAAAGACUAAAAGAAUAUAGUUGCUAAAAAAACAGAUGCUACUUCCUUCUGCAGCAACAUUGGGUCAAUAAAACAUCUUGAAAGAUUGCUCUGCCAGAUGUCAGGAACAGAAAUUCCCCAAAGACUGGUCUUUCAAGUCAACAAAAUCUCUCAUAGUGCCUAAUUGCUCUUCUUAAAGGAAAACCAGCCCACUCUGCAUAAAAUAAAUGUUGUUCCCACUACAGGUAGUAAUGAAUUUGGAAAGGUUCAAAUCUCAAUCCCUUGGAGAAGCCAUAACAUUUUUUUAAAUUCACAGUUUUUAAACUGCAUAGUUUAUCCAGAGAAGGUAUUAGAACUAAAAAUGUACACUGAACUAGCAAAAACUUAUAUUCCCUUACGAAAUGUGGCAGAAUUUGUUGCUUAAUAACUCAAUAACAAACCCAAACAGGAAAAAAAAAUUGGUUCGACUUCAUUGUAUUACUCCAGCACAGAAAAACUUGUCUAAAGGCAGGAAGCUUGGGAGUUGAUGAGGUGGGGGAGGAGAACAUAACAAGAAAUCAAUGUUGUUUUCAGAUAGUUCAAUAAAUGUUAGCCAAAAAAACUUCACUAUUUCACUACUUCAAUCCAACAAAUGUUUAUUAGUUGCAAAGCACUAGGCUAGGCAUUUGGAUAUAAACUGCUCUUUGAUUGUAGCAGUGUUUAAUCUACUAGUGAGAGGAGGAGUGAGAAUACAUAGAUAAAUAUAUAAUUAUUUGAGGAGAAAUAAGUUACAGACAACUUCAGAAUUGGGACGGUUUUGUGGAGGAUGUAUCAUCUGAGAAAUUUUGAAGGAAGAUAAGGAUUCUGAGAGCUGGGAAAAAAUGUCUAAAUUUUCUAUCUAAUUCUUAUCUUAUAUUCUAAAUCUUAUAUAUAUAUAUAUAUAUAUAUAUGCUAGAUGUUUGUACUCCCUUUCCUUUAUCCCAGGCAGUUAGAUCACACAUAGACCCCGCCCUUCAUUUUUCACGAAAAUUUAAGUCAGUAUUUCUAAUUCCCACUCUGGGGAUUUUCCCUAGUACUUAAAUUAUAUUUAACUGUGAAGUAUCAUCCUCACCUGCCAAUUCUAUCUCUGUAAAGUUACUAUGUCAUUUCACUCUCUUAAUUUCCCUGACAUCUAGUGUCCCUCUCUUUUUUCCCUCUUUUCUACUAAUUAUGGGGGAAAAAUAGUAUGGUGAAAAACUGAGUUCCUGAAUCUUUGAAAAUUUGGGUUUCAGGCCAGAGCUUCUCAGUUUCUGUUAAUCUUGUACUUAAAUAUCCUUAGGCUGAGUGAAGAGAGUCUCAAAUUCCACGUCUUCUCUUACUCCACAAAAGGUUAGAUUUCCGGUUUGCCAAUUUUCCAGAGUGAGACUACUUUAAAGAUUUUUAAAGAGUAGGCGCUAGCCUCUGAGAACCUCCCUGAUCCGCCCCAACGUUUUACUUCCGAAACUUCGUCCUUUCCCUGAAGAUUGAAGAAGAGAUAAACUUUUGCUCUCAGACUAAGGGACGAAUCUGAGAUACGCUAAGGCUUUUGUCUUCCUGAAUUCCCCGUAAUCCCUGGUUCCUAGUAGCUCUUAUUCACUUAAUUCUAAUUUUCUCCUCUUCCAUUCUGGACUUUAUCCGCAAGCUCCACUAUGGAUUCGCAACUCUACCGCUGUGACAAUUUUACCUGGGUGGAGAGCGGGAGCUCCUCAGCGAUCACCGGGACUCUUUUUGCUGCUGGGUUACUGGGCAAUGUACUGGCCCUGAUAUUGUUGACUAGGCCCGGGUUACGGUCCUGCCCUCCGGGCUCUCCUCCCUCAGUCUUUUACAUUCUGGUGUAUGGUCUGGCUAUUACAGAUCUUCUGGGCAAAUGCCUCGUGAGCCCUAUGGUGUUGGCAACCUACACACAGAAUCGGACCCUGAAGGAAUUGGUUCCAGGCUCCAGAAAUGUGCUGUGCCAAGUUUUUGCCUUCUUUAUGGCAUUUUUCGGGCUCGCGUCCAUGCUUCAGCUAUUGGUGAUGUCUCUGGAAUACUGGCUGUCCCUAGGAUAUCCGUUCUUCUACCAGCGACAUAUCACUCUGCCCAGGGGGGCGCUGGUGACGCCUGCGACGGGAGUAUUUUCCCUCUUCUUCUGCUCCCUGCCGCUGGUGGGCUUUGGAAAGUACGUACAGUACUGCCCAGGAACUUGGUGUUUCAUACAGAUGGCAAGUAAGCAGCGGUCUUUGUCAGUAGUAGGCUAUUCGAUUCUGUAUGCUACAUUAAUGGCCAUGCUCGUCUUGGCCACGGUGCUGUGCAAUCUAAAUACCAUGUGGAAUCUCUAUGGAAUGCACCAGCGGCUCUCCCAGCCUCCUCGCUCUGUGUCUAAGGAUUUAGCUGGAUUCAGAGGAAGACGGGAGUCAACUCAGGCCCUGCAGCCUCUUGAGGCAUUGGACCACUUUUUGCUACUGGCAGUCAUGACAGUGUUCUUUACCAUUUGUUCUUUGCCCUUCAUUAUUCGUGCCUAUUUUGGAGCAUUUACAGUUGGCAAUAAUAGAAAUGUUACACUGGAAGAAAGAGAAGACCUCAGAGCCUUGAGAUUUCUAUCUGUAAAUUCAAUUGUGGAUCCUUGGUUUUUCAUCAUUUUUAGGACAUCCGUAUUUCGUCUUUUUUUCCGCAAGCUUUUUAGAAGGUCUCUUAUUAAUGGUAAUUGUUGCAACUACAAUUCCUGCAAAAAAGAUGCUGAAUCCAACCAGUGACAUCAUAUGCAUAUUUACAUGGUAAAAAUGCUGUUUUAAAUCAUCACUAAAUCAAGUCCUGAAGCUAUAUCUCACAUAUUGUUACAUUUUCAGAGUGCUUGAGGAUAUUAAUUGCAAAUGUCACUUUGGAGUUAUAAAAUAUAACAGUUUGAUGUACUUUCCAUUUCCUACUGUUGAGGUUCAGAAGGAGACCCCCAAGAGAUUGGGGUUGCAGAUUGGUAUUGUAAGGUGUCUCAAAAGAAUUUUCAGGCUUGAACUCAUCUCUAAGUGAAGGGGCAAAGUUUAUUGUAAUUUGUAAUGCCAAUUGAAGUGGGCUAAAUUCCAAAAGGAUUUAGCAAAGAACCAAGAGAUAAAAGAUAAAUUUAUAGGACAAAGUUAGACUAGCACUUCAUGUUAUUUAUUUGUUAAUUUUAUAGCUUACAGGUAGGUUAAAAGGCUGGUCUAUUCACUAUUGUCUUAGGAACUUGAUUAUUACUGACCAACAGAUUAUCUAUCUAACAGUCAUUAGGGAAAAGAACAAGGGAAGGGGAGGAGGAGAUUUAUAGCAGGGAGAGUGGAUUGAAGGAGGUGGUAGUAAGAAGCAAAACAUUUUUGAGGAUAAACAGGGUAAAAGGCAGAGGGGAGUAGGAUAAAUGGGGGCAGGAAUAGAAUGGAAAAAAUGUGCAGUUGCUAAUAAUGUUUGUGGAAGAAAGGUUAUAGCAAGUUUUCUUAAUAAAGGCCUCAUUUCUCAAAUAUAUAGAGACCUGAAUAAUUUUAUAAGAAUGCACGUCUUUGGGACUUCCAGUCAAGAUGGCGGAGAGGAUACAUGCAUCUGUCUAGGCUCCUUCUUGCCCUCAGAAUACUUUUUUUUCAUGAUAUGGCUUCGGAAUUAGUGCUUGACUGAAAAAACUCACAAGUACACUACCAACAGAAGAUAUCCUCGAAAUUCACUAGAAAAACUUUGUUUUUGCUCAUGGGCGGGAACAAUUAGACCUGCAGUCUGCAGACUGCAGGCAGUCGGCGAGAGUGGCAAGAGCGUGGAAGGCAAUUCACACUGAGCAGACUGGAAUGGGUGGGCUGUAGUCACAUCCAGUGAAAAACUUGCGGGAAGAACUUUACCUGGUGUAAACUUCUUUGCCCUGGCAACAAGCCAGUAGAUCAACAGAGAAGCUAUAAACACAGGAGGUAAAGACCUCAAUCCCCAAACACUGGGGUCUCUCGGGAUCUGACUACACUCACCCAACAUCCAGGUGACUCAGCAUGCUCUCAGAGUCUCAGAGAGUGGCUGAUGUGCAGGCAGCGCAGCCACUGCUGUCCCACAGCUGCUUCAUUGCUACCUCCUGUAGUGGAGAGAAAGCUUGGUGACACUGCACUACCCAAAAAGGAGACUGCAUUUACUUUUGUUUGUUUUUUUUUUCUUUGAUUCUUUUUUGUGGCGUUUUUCUUCUUUUGUAAAAUAUAAUUGUUCUCUCUGGGAGCAGGUUUCUUGGGGAGGUUUCUGGAGGCAGCCUUAGUUUCAGUUCAAUGUAAAAAUCACCUCAAAUGCAGCCAGCUGAUAAAAUCGAAACAUUUAUUUUUUCCUUCCAAGUCUUAUUUCUUUCCUUGGGCCCGGUUAGCUUUCUUAGAGGCCUCUCUCACUCCUUGGUUCCAAGAGCUCUUGCAGCUUGUCUUUUGCCUCUGCCAGCUUCUGCCUCUAGCUCAACUCCAACUCCUGGCAGUCUUCUGAACUGACUCUCCUCCACUCUCAAUCUUUUCAACUGAACUCUCCUGACUGAGCUCAGCUGUUUUUUAUGCUCUUUUAGAGGUGUAAACUUAAAGGUUAACUCCUCCUCUGAGAGUGGGAUUAUGGGAGGUGUGAAUUUGGAUAUCUCAUACUGAACCCUGAAAUCUUCCAAACGUAUGAACUAAUGUUUGAACUCUCAAAGGUGUUAACUUAAGCAUUGUUUCUAUCAAUACUAGUGACUUAAUACCUUGUAAGGAUUUGUUCUAAUGUGUGAACCAAUAAGCAUUGUAUCAGUUCCAGUGAGUUAACACUAGGAUUCUAACACUUUUUUGUCAAAAUCAGCUAAAAAUUAAAGCACGCUCUAACUAUAGAUAGCUUCUAUAUGGAGACAAGCAAACUUCAAACCCUGAGGAGAAUAAAAACAGAAUGUCUCCAGAUGAAUCCCCAAAUGGGGAUAUGUUCUGGUCCCCACCACACAAGGCUCUCAUAGAAGAAAUGAAAAAGUUUCUUAUAAGAGAGCUAGAGGAAAAAUGGGGAAAGGAAAGGGAAGCUUGGCAAGAUGGUCAGGAUAAGUCAUCCCACUCAUGUAAAGAUUAAAGAGUAGAUAAAGAAAUCAAAUCCCUGAAAAAUAGAAUUAGUAAAUAAUUCCAAGGAAAACAGAAUUAGUGAAUUGGAAAAAGAAAAUAGCUCUUGAAAAAAUAAAAUUGGCGAAAUGGAAAAAAAUUCCAUAGAACAAAACAACUCACUUAAAAACUCAAUUGGACAAUUACAAAAAGAAAUUUUAAAAGUAAGUGAAGCAAAUAAUUCAUUAAAAAUCAGAAUUGAACAAAUGGAAAUGAAUGACUUGAGGAGACCAAGAAUCAGUCAAGAAAAACCAAAAAAAUGAAACAAUGGAGAAAAAUGUUAAAUACCUACUUGGGAAAACAACAGACCUGGAAAAUAGAUCUAGGAGAGAUAAUCUGAGAAUUAUUGGACUUCCUGAAAAUUAUGAUGAAAAAAAAGAGCCUAGACACUAUUUUCCAGGAAAUCGUCAAAGAGAACUACCCAGAUGUUAUAGAAACAGAGGGCAAAAUAGCCAUUGAAAGAAUUCAUCAAUCACCUACUGAAAGAGACCCCAAAAUCAAAACUCCAAGAAAUAUUAUGGCUAAAUUCCAGAACUACCAGACCAAGAUAAAAAUACUACAAGCAGCUAGGAAAAAAAAACAAUUAAAAUAUAGAGAAGCCACAAUAAGGAUUACUCAAGAUCUAGCAGCAUCCACAUUAAAGGAUUUAAGGGCCUGGAAUUUGAUACUCCAAAAGGCUAAAGAACUUGGUUUUCAGCCAAGAAUAACUUAUUCAGCCAAAAUAAGCAUUUUUUUCCAGGGAAGAAGAUGGACAUUCAGUGAAAUGGUGAAUUUCAUUUAUUUCUGAUGAAAAAACUGGAACUAAACAAAAAGUUUGAUCUCCAAAUAUAGGACUCAAGAGAACAUAAAAAGGUAAAAAGAAAUUUUGGGAACUAUAUUUCUGUUAUGAAUAUUUAUAAAGAACACAUGUAUAAUCUGUUUUAAAAGUUAUAAUAUAAAAAAGAAAUUACUACAUCUCAUGAAGAGGCAAAGGAAACCUAUUAUAUUUGAGGGAAAGAAGGGAGGGGGAUAAACAUAGUGUGUAUCUAACUCUCAUCAGAAUUGGUUUAAAGAGAAAAAUAUUAGACAUAUUUGACAGAGAAACUUCUCCUACCUCAUUGAAAAGUGGAAGGGAAAAAAUGAAAAGGAAAGGAGUAAACUAAGUGGAAGGGAAUACUGAAAUUGUGAGGAAAAGGGGUAAGAAAAGAGAAGGAACUCUAAAGUGGGGGGAGGGAUCCUAAAAAGGGAGGGCUGUGAAAGGCAAGUGAUGCUCACAAGUUUAAUACUGGGAAGGGGAGUAAGGAGGAAGGAAAGGAGGAAAGCAUAAACAGAGGUUAACAAGAUGGCAAGUAAUACAGAAUUGGUAAUUUUAACCAUAAAUGUAAAUGGGGUAAAGUUCCCCAUAAAGCAGAAGUGGAUAGCAGACUGGAUUAAAAGCCAGAAUCCUACAAUAUGUUGUUUACAGGAAACACACUUGGAGCAGGGUGAUAUAUACAGAGUAAAGGUGAAAGUCUGGAGCAAAAUCUACUAUGCUUCAGGUGAAGUCAAAAAGGCAGGGGUAGCCAUCUUGAUCUUAGAUCAAGCAAAAGCAAAAACUGACCUAAGUAAAAGAGAUAAGGAAGGGCACUAUAUGUUGCUAAAGGGUUGCAUAGAUAACGAAGCCAUAUCAAUAUUAAACAUAUAUGCACCAAGUGGUGCAGCACUAAAUUCUUAAAAGAGAAAUUAAAAGUUGCAAGAAGAAAUAGACAGCAAAACUAUAAUAGUGGGAGAUAUCAACCUUACAUUCUCAGAAUUAGAUAAAUCAAACCACAAAAUAAAUAAGAAAGAAGUCAAAAAAGUAAAUAGAAUCCUAGCAAAAUUAAGUGUGAUAGAUCUUUGGAGAAAACUAAAUGGAGUGGAAGUACUAUCAUAAGUAAUCAUUUGAAGAAGUUUAACCACCAAGAACAGAAGAGAUAUAAAAUAAUAAUAAGGAAUAGAAGGAUGAAAUGAAGGCUUUAUAAGGAUAGCGAAUAUAUAAACAUGUUUUUAGGCAGUAGGAAAAGGCAAGCUCUUUGUGUGAGACAUGGGUAAAGAUGGCAGAAGAUAUAUGAGUUAUAUAAGAUGAGAAAGGGGGGGAAGAUGGAGCUCAUGAUAAAUGGACUCAAUAUUUUUGUAAAAUAUGAAACAAGGUUCUUAGCCACUAGGAGGCAGGGAGGGGGAACCAUGGAUGUUUGAGGAAGGAUGACAGCUUGGAAUAGAGAGAUUGCUUAGGGCCAAUAAAGGCCCAGAUGAGGUUAUAAAAUGAAGAUUGAAACAUAAUUUUUUCACUUUUUCUUGCCUUUUAAAAAAUAUAUUUUGCAUGAAUAUAUAUAUGUAAUGGCUUUUAUGUUGCUUGCCUUCUCAAAUAGGCUGGAGAGGAGAGAAUUUUGAACGAAAUAGAAGAAAAAAGAAAAGUUUUUCUUAGGCACAGAACAGUUUCUUUAUUGUUUUUAUAUUAUAUAUUACAUAAUAAUAUAAUAAUAAAAUAAUAUUCUUUAUUAUUCUUAUAUCCUCGUGGAUAUAAGAAUCUAUGUCUAGUUUAUAUUUGGCUCUCAGUGCAGAUACUGAUGCCAGCUGAUCUGAGAGUGCUAAAAGACAAAUGGAAAGAUAAAGAAAUCUAUCAUACACCUGACCUUUCAAAGCUCACAAGGUCCCUUUUUACCCCACAGUGGGGGAAACACAUGAAAAGAAAACCUAGAUCAAGAUUAAAGUGAAGGGUCUUCCUUUCUCCCCAGAUAUUUUACUGGAGCAGUAUGUUUGUUCCAAAUUCUCAAAUAGUCCUGGCUUUAAAUUAGUUUGUAAAUUUAUAGAGGGGAUUCCUAGGGUUAAGCGCAGAUUCCUGGGCUUAUCUGACUACAGAUCCAGCUAGUCUAAAGCCUAUGUUUGAGAUUGCUUGGAUAUCUAUUUUAAGUAGAGAUGUGUGAUUUGAUUGAAUAAAUCAAUUAAUUCCAUCUUUAUAUUUAAAAAACCAAAAACGUCAAGCUUCUUCUAUGAUUACAAUUUAGAAUCUCCUAAGACAGAAUCCAUGGCUAGUUUAGAUAGGUAAUUUCUUAUGCACAAAUAACAGAUAUGAAUAAAACAGAUAUUAUGGUAUCCUAUGAAAACAUCAAGAAUUAAGAAGAGUUUUAGAAAGAGAAAUAGUGAGGAAAUGCUGCCAAUUUCAAUCAUAGAAAAAGGGGAAGAGUUAAAGCAUUAUUGUCCUUUUGCUCAUCUCAAAGAAAGAUGACAGCAGCUUCAGUACAUUUCAGACACAUUCUACUGUUUUGCUUUGUUUUUGUUUUUUCUAAUAAAGAAAAGCUUUAAUCACUGGAACCAAGCCAAGCCCAAACUCUAUGCAGAGGCUAAUAUUGCUAUUCUCCCAAAGUGGGGUAAGACAAAGGAAAAAUGGAGUUCAGCUGAGCCACAGUUUGGUGUUAUAUUUAAUAGUCACUAAUCUUGGAUGAAGUCAUCACAAGGAUGACUAGGAGACUGCUGGCCCUUGUCCUUUAUCAUUAAAUAACUUAGAAUUGUUUUCCCACCCAAAUUGGGCCACUUGCAGCCUCAAUGUAGUAGGUUAGUGGCUCAGGAGAUGGUACUAGAAAUUGAGGAGGGAAUAAACGAUGGAAGAGAAUACAAAGGAGUUAAGACUUUUCAGUGUAGUUUUUAAAAAUAUGGAUUUUUGAAUAAAUGUUUUAUUGAGUGGAAUAAAAAUGGUAUAUGAAUUUGUAGUUGGUAAAUACUGAUGAAGUUCUAAAUUCAUCCUCUUUCUCCUAGUAGAGUAGAAAAAAAUAGAUACUUAUAUUUUUAGUAGCUCCUGGACCUGAAUUAGAUAAAGUUCUAACUAAUUUAUUUGCCUUAAAUCCAGAAAGCAACCUUACAAUCUAAACACAAAAUGCUAGAUAAGCUAUUUUGAUAGUAUAUUUCCUUUGGUAGUCAUUACAAUUUAUCCUUAGGGGGAAAAAUGUCUGUAGUGUUCAUAAAAACACACCUGUCAAAAUUUCCUAGAUAUAAAAGAUGUGAUUAGUAAGAUAUUUUAACUAUUUAUAAGGAACAGACUUCAUGGAAACAAAAUCCCAUGCUGUCAGUCAUAGUUACUCUAUUUCUCCUUCUACAGCACAUGUAAACUGAACAAAAACAAUAUGAUAACAUAUGCUACAAAUAUUUCACUCUUAAUUAUUACAGGUUUUUACUGAAUUCAAUUCCAAAUAACCAAAAACUGUUUAAAGAAUAAGGUGAUAGUUAUAGACAUGUCAACUCAUAUUGCUUUUUAAAUCUUGAAGUUGUUAAAAAAUUUUUUCCACAAUAUCAAAUACUAAAUUGUAACCUCCAUCUUAAUAAACAUGCCCAAAAUUUUAUGUUUCUCAAACACCCAAAUCCAUCGAAGUGUGCUAAGGACAGGGAGAAGGAAGGCCAUGAUAAGAUUAAAUGGAAACCAGUCCAAUAUUAGAUGUCCUUAACUAUUUUCUUAGUAGUGUUAGAACUCUCUAGUUUUUUUUUUCUUGGUCUUACUAGAGCAGUGUACCAGUGAAAUGUUUUCUUUAUUGACAUUUAGUAAUUUUAUUUUAUUUUGUUAAUAAGAUGCGUAGUAAAUGUAGUAGUUAUGAAUAAAUAUACUUUUUUACAAUACAGUUUGAUUAGACAGGAUAUACAAAGAAAAUGAAUGUUAGUGAUAGUGGGAUACCCAAGCAAGGGAAUAAAGAGUUCAAGUGGAAAACAACAGUGAUGAAAAAAAGAGUCUUGGAGUAGUUUUUGGAUUUUAUAAAGGACAGACCAAACCAAGAAGUUAGCAAUCAGAAAUGGAGUACUCUUUUAAAGGUUUUUGAUUUGUUGAAUGUAAUUCAAGGAGACAAGAGAUACAAACACCAUCCUCUGAAAAUAGAAACUACAUUCAAAUACCAAAGACUAAUCUUAAAUAGGCAUAGAGGUAAUUGUCAUAAACGAAUCUUGCUAGUCAUUCUUAUGUAUAUAAAUAGUGAUAAUUCCAGUAUCUU